CGCAACAGACACUUCCAAAGUGUUUGAUCUUGGUUUUCCAGAACAAGUUCUAUUCAUGUAAUGUUUUGGAAACUAACUUUUUUGUUGCAAAAGGUUUAAUCCAAUGUUUAAUAAUUGUAAUGCAUUUGUGUGAUUGUGUCAUAUAAUUGUAAGUUUGAACAGAUAAAAUUAACUAUCCCUGUACAAAUUGUAUUGUGUGUGUGUGACGUCUAAUUUCAGAUACGAAGAAGCCAGCAAGAGAGCAGCAAGUUUGAUACAGGAUGCUGUUCAGUGCCUCAUUCCUUUAGUGAUGGAGAMAAAGACCUCAGAGAGUACAGUGACCACUGAAAGGGAAGAGACAGUCAUUGCUGUCCCUGAAAAUGAUCAUCCCCUUCGCAUGUCGAGUUUUCUGCCAAGCUCCUCGUCUGUCAGUGGCCCUCACAUAGCUGCUAUUCAAACUCCAUCUUACCCUGGACCAUCAAGACAAGAUAUGAUCCAGUCCAGGAUGUCAGCCUUAUUUAGGCCAUAUCCCAAGCAAAAGGGUCCCAAAAAGCCCUGGUUAAAGAGACAAUAUGAGACACCCUGGUCUCACGACUUUUUCUGUCUCUCUGAUCCCGAGUCAGAUAUGUCACCA